AUGGCUGCUGCUGGUCUAUCCAAGCGUGGUGCUGCCAAUGUCGAUGCAAUUCUACCUAGCAUAAGCGCGGCCUUGCUUGAGAGGACCAAGCCCACAGCCCCUCGAAUUGAUCUUUCUACGGCAGAGAACUGGCUUAUGCGCAAUGAAGUCAUUGAAAUGACGAAAGAUGCUAUUGUACAGGGAUUGAAACCUCAUCACCUUUCGUAUCCCAAUGAAUUUGCCGGAGAUGCAGAUCUCAUACGAGCCCUGGCGGCCUUCUUCAAUAAAUACUUCCAUCCUCAUAUUCCUGUGGAAGAAGCACAUAUAGCGACGGCACCAGGAGCAGCCACCUGCCUGAACACUGUUCUGUACAAUAUGUGUGAACCAGGCGAGGGAAUCCUUGUUCCUGCCCCCUUUUGGAAUGGAUUCGACUGGCUUUUUACUGCGCGGUCGUCUGCCGUGCCCAUAAUCGUCCAUGUGGAACGGGCAGCCGACACUCUUACCCCCCAGCUACUCCCGGCUUUGGAGAAAGCGUAUAAGGAGUCAUCAAUCCCAGUCCGUGGUCUUCUUCUCACAAAUCCGCAUAAUCCUUUCGGCCAGUGCUAUCCCCGGUCUGUCAUCGACGACUGCAUCCGCUUCUGUAAUGACAAGGGCAUUCACUAUAUCUCGGACGAGGUAUAUGCACUUUCCACCUUUGAAAAUCCCGAGCUGCCUGAUGCGCCGCCCUUUGUGUCCGCGUUAGAGAUUGACAGCACAAGCAAGGAUUUCGGCUCCAGUGGCUUUCGCGUGGGAUGUAGCAUCACGCAAGCAAAUGAAGCCAUGCAUGUAGCUUUGGCGCUGGCCUCCAAUACAGAAACUUCCAGUCUCAGCGCGGUCGCUUCAACAGCGCUGCUUACGUCGACUCGACUCCCAGAGCUCUUGCAAGUCAACAGGGAGCGUCUGUGGGAAGCAUACACAGUGAUGACAGACUUUUUGAAGAAGCAUCAAAUUCUAUACAUACCAGUCAACUCUGCCCCCUUUCUGUUUGCUCGGCUCGCUCCUUACGCCGAGUCGUGGGAGCAAGAGAAGGCUACGAUCGACCGACUGAAGCAGGCCGGGGUAGUGGUGAGUGGCGGCAAAGCGUACCAUGUGAAUGAGGAUGAAAAAGGGUGGGCGCGUUUGACAUUCGCUCUCGAGCGAACCCGGUUGGAGGAGGCCAUCAAGCGCAUGCAGACUGUCCUGGGGGAGAAGUCAGUGGAUUGA